AUGUAUGACCUUAUUUGCGGAUAUUCAGGAUUUAACAACGUAGAGGUGACAGGAUGUUAUCAAUGUAUUAAUUAUUACCCUAAUACUUUCGGCCUUACAAACGACCAAGCUAACAAACUUAACCAAAUCUAUUCAAUUUGCGGGUAUAGUGCACCUCCCGUAAAUUCGUGUAUUGUGGAAGAGUCUUCAUCAUCUAUCAUGUCAUCCUCCGAGUCAUCCUCCGAGUUAUCCACGGAAUCUUCCACCGAAUCACUCACUGAAUCUUCCACUGAAUCUUCCACUGAAUCUUCCACUGAAUCUUCUACUGAAUCUUCCACUGAAUCUUCCACUGAAUCUUCCACUGAAACCUCCACCGAAUCAUCUCCUCCUUCUUCCAAUUCUUGUUUUGCCAUUGAUACAACUACUUGUCAAACUUCUUGCGACAAUGUAAACUCUCUUGUUUCUGACCUCACUUCAAAUCUAAAUCAAUAUACCUCUAAUACUGAUACCUCAUUAUUGUGUCCCUUUUUAAAUUCUAACGAAGAUUAUACAACUUGCAUGCAAUGUGUCAAUCACUACAACGAAAAUUUCGGCCUGACAUACCAAAAUAUAUUACAAGUUUUUACUGCUUGGGGAAAUUGUGAUGUUAUAUUGGAUUUCCCAUCAAGUUGUGACAAUCCCCAAAAUGACUGUGUUGCAGGAGACGAAACGUCUUACUUAGCCGAUUAUGAAUUGUGUCCAGCAGAAUCUUCCACUGAAUCUUCUACUGAAUCUUCUACUGAAUCUUCAACUGAAUCUUCAACUGAAUCUUCAACUGAAUCUUCAACUGAAUCUUCAACUGAAUCUUCAACUGAAUCUUCUUCCGAAUCUUCCACAGAAUCUUCCACUGAAUCUUCCACAGAAUCUUCCACUGAAUCUUCCACUGAAUCUUCCACUGAAUCUUCCACUGAAACUUCCACUGAAACCUCCACAGAAUCCUCUCCUCCUUCUUCCAAUUCUUGUUUUGCCAUUGAUACAACUACUUGUCAAACUUCUUGCGACAAUGUAAACUCUCUUGUUUCUGACCUCACUUCAAAUCUAAAUCAAUAUACCUCUAAUACUGAUACCUCAUUAUUGUGUCCCUUUUUAAAUGCUAACGAAGAUUAUACAACUUGCAUGCAAUGUGUCAAUCACUACAACGAAAAUUUCGGCCUGACAUACCAAAAUAUAUUACAAGUUUUUACUGCUUGGGGAAAUUGCGAUGUUAUAUUGGAUUUCCCAUCAAGUUGUGACAAUCCCCAAAAUGACUGUGUUGCAGGAGACGAAACGUCUUACUUAGCCGAUUAUGAAUUGUGUCCAGCAGAAUCUUCCACUGAAUCUUCUACUGAAUCUUCUACUGAAUCUUCAACUGAAUCUUCAACUGAAUCUUCAACUGAAUCUUCAACUGAAUCUUCAACUGAAUCUUCAACUGAAUCUUCUUCCGAAUCUUCCACAGAAUCUUCCACUGAAUCUUCCACAGAAUCUUCCACUGAAUCUUCCACUGAAUCUUCCACUGAAUCUUCCACUGAAACUUCCACUGAAACCUCCACAGAAUCCUCUCCUCCUUCUUCCAAUUCUUGUUUUGCCAUUGAUACAACUACUUGUCAAACUUCUUGCGACAAUGUAAACUCUCUUGUUUCUGACCUCACUUCAAAUCUAAAUCAAUAUACCUCUAAUACUGAUACCUCAUUAUUGUGUCCCUUUUUAAAUGCUAACGAAGAUUAUACAACUUGCAUGCAAUGUGUCAAUCACUACAACGAAAAUUUCGGCCUGACAUACCAAAAUAUAUUACAAGUUUUUACUGCUUGGGGAAAUUGCGAUGUUAUAUUGGAUUUCCCAUCAAGUUGUGACAAUCCCCAAAAUGACUGUGUUGCAGGAGACGAAACGUCUUGUGACAGUUAUUGUUAUUAUUUCUCAUGGUACAGUGGAUCAAUUACAUCUAGUAUGAGUCUUUAUCUUGAUUCAAAUAACAAAGGAAACUAUUGUGACUUUGUAAAUAAUUAUUUGAUAAAGGGUUUACAUUGUUACAAUUGUCUCAAAGCCAAUCCAGGAAAUAUCUAUGGUCAAAGUGCAAUUAGGAUAUCUAAUGCACUUUUUUCAUUUGCUUAUUGUGGUGUAGACUUAGCCGAUUAUGAAUUGUGUCCAGCAGAAUCUUCCACUGAAUCUUCUACUGAAUCUUCUACUGAAUCUUCAACUGAAUCUUCUACUGAAUCUUCUACUGAAUCUUCUUCCGAAUCUUCCCUCGAAUCUUCCCUCGAAUCUUCCACUGAAUCUUCAACUGAAUCUUCCCUCGAAUCUUCCCUCGAAUCUUCCCUCGAAUCUUCCCUCGAAUCUUCCCUCGAAUCUUCCCUCGAAUCUUCCACUGAAUCUUCCACAGAAUCUUCCACAGAAUCUUCCACAGAAUCUUCUACUGAAUCUUCCACUGAAUCUUCCACUGAAUCUUCUUCCGAAUCUUCUUCCGAAUCUUCCACAGAAUCUUUCACCGAGUCUUCUACUGAAUUAUCCACAGAAUCAACUGCAGAAUCAACCAAUGAAUCAUCCACACAAUCUUCAACGGAGUCUUUAACGGAGUCUUCAACAGAGUCUUCUACUGAAUCUUCUACUGAAUCUUCUACUGAAUCUUCUACUGAAUCUUCUACUGAAUCUUCUACUGAAUCUUCUACUGAAUCUUCCCUCGAAUCUUCUACCGAGUCUUCCACCAAGUCUUCCACUGAAUCUUCUACUGAAUCUUCUACUGAAUCUUCUACUGAAUCUUCUACUGAAUCUUCUACUGAAUCUUCUACUGAAUCUUCUACUGAAUCUUCUACUGAAUCUUCUACUGAAUCUUCUACUGAAUCUUCUACUGAAUCUUCUACUGAAUCUUCUACUGAAUCUUCUACUGAAUCUUCUACUGAAUCUUCUACUGAAUCUUCUACUGAAUCUUCUACUGAAUCUUCUACUGAAUCUUCUACUGAAUCUUCUACUGAAUCUUCUACUGAAUCUUCUACUGAAUCUUCUACUGAAUCUUCUACUGAAUCUUCUACUGAAUCUUCUACUGAAUCUUCUACUGAAUCUUCUACUGAAUCUUCUACUGAAUCUUCAACAGAAUCUUCCACUGAAUCUUCUACUGAAUCUUCCACUGAAUCUUCUACUGAAUCUUCUACUGAAUCUUCUACUGAAUCUUCUACUGAAUCUUCUACUGAAUCUUCUAAAGAAUCUUCCACCGAGUCUUCUACUGAAUCUUCUAUUGAAUUUUCUACUGAAUCUUCUACUGAAUCUUCCACUGAAUCUUCCACUGAAUCUUUCUUCAGAUCUUCCUUAAGUUCUGAUUUCUCUCUUUCUUAUGAAUCUACUUUUGAGUCCGUUUCUGUCUCUGCCUCUACUUCAGAAAUCAUUUCUUCAACUCCGUCAAAUCAUACUGCUAUUGCUACUGCUACUGCUACUGCUACUGUUACUGCUACUGCUACCAAUAUUGUUGUUCAAUCUUCAACCACCACUGUUACUGAACCUUGUCCUCUUUGUAAAACACAUACCAUUACGGAAUCAACCAUCACCACCAUCACCACCACAUCUGGAACUGUUGUUGUAACUAUUACAGAACCUUGUGAAACCACUGUAACUGUUGUUGAAUCACCUGUGAUUACAGGGUCUGAGACUUUUUUCACAAAAAUUACUCUUACUCAAACUUCUCCGUCAACCGUUACUGUUACAGGUGAAUGUUCUGUAUGCAAGACUAUCACCACAACAAGUAGUGGACUUACCACUUACACCACAACGUCUAGUGGAUCAGUUAUAACAGUUACAGAGCCAUGUGAAACAACCAUCACAGCUGUUGAAUCUCCUGUUGUUUUUGGUAGUAUUACCAGUUAUAUUACUAUUUCCCAAUCACCUCCAAAGGCCUCAUCUACUGAAAUGUGCACUGAGUGUCAAACAAUAACCAAGACUAGUACUGGUGUCACUACUUUUACCAGUUUGUCUGAAGGCUCAAUUGUUACCAUUACUGAGCCAUGUGAGACUACAAUUACAGCAAUUGAAUCCCCCAUUAUCUUUGGUACUUUGACUAGUUAUGUUACUAUCUCUAGCUUUUCACCUGAAUCAACUGUUAUUGAGCAAUGUUCUGAAUGUCAAACUACCACUCUGACCAGCAGUGGUUAUACCACUUAUACUACUACCUCUUCUGGUAUUAUCACCACAGUCACAGAGCCAUGUGAAGUAGUCAUUACUGCAAUUGAAUCCCCCAUUGUUUUUGGUACUCUCACUAGUUAUAUUACCAUUUCUAGCUUUUCACCUGAAUCAACUGUUACUGAGCAAUGUUCUGAAUGUCAAACUACCAUCAAGACCAGCAGUGGUUAUACCACUUAUACUACUACUUCUUCUGGUAUUACCACCACAGUCACAGAGCCGUAUGAAGUAGUCAUUACUGCAAUUGAAUCCUCUAUUGUUUCGGGUACUCUCACUAGUUAUGUUACAGUUUCUUCAACCUCCCCAUUAGUUUCUGAAUCAGUUGCUAUUUGCACAAACUGUAAGACUGUGUCCACUGUCAUCAUGGGUCUUUCCACCUACUCUUUAACUUCGGGAACUACUGCUAUUGUAUUAACUACACCAGUUGAGACUACCGUUAUAUUAGUUGAGUCACCAGUUAUUUCUGGCACGGUUACUGAUUACACAGUUUUUUCUUCGUCUACUGUCGGAUCAUUAAGCAAUAGUAUGUCUGGAACAACUUACUUACCACAGGUUUUGUCAACUGAACACCCAGUGGAACAAGUUAAUGGUGGAAAUAAUCUCUCUAUUGGUAUUUCAAUACUUUUUGUUUGGUUUAUGUUUGUAAUUAUUGUUUAG